CCGCCCCCGCCCCGCCGAGGCGAGGCCGUGGGGCGCUAUGGAUGGGCUGCCGCCGCGGGGGGCCGAGCGGCUUGUGACCGAGCGCGGCUGGUACCUGUCCGCCCGCCAGCAGCCGCAGGAGGAAGACUGUGAGGAAGAGGACGGAGAGUCCGCCCCGCUGCUGCUGCCUUCGGACAGUGUGCGUAGUCCUCCAAAUCGAGGCACUUCCUUCGGUUUGUCAGUGUUUAACUUAAUGAAUGCCAUCAUGGGAAGUGGGAUACUUGGCUUGUCCUAUGCUAUGGCCAACACAGGGAUCCUGGGGUUUAGUAUCUUGCUGCUGAUUGUUGCCAGCCUUGCUUCUUACUCUGUGUUUCUGCUGCUCAGUAUGUGCACUCAGACUGCUGUUACAUCUUAUGAAGACAUUGGCUUGUUUGCAUUUGGAUCAACUGGGAAGGUCCUUGUUGCAGCUACAAUAAUUAUCCAGAAUAUUGGAGCUAUGUCAUCUUACCUUUUCAUUGUUAAAUCUGAACUUCCUGGUGCUGUUGCGGGGUUCCUAAGUGGAGAAGAGAGUGGGUCUUGGUACCUUGAUGGGAGACUGCUGCUACUGAUUGCUUCAGUCUGCAUUGUUUUUCCUCUUGCACUUCUUCCUAAAAUUGGCUUUCUUGGCUACACAAGUAGUUUAUCAUUUUUCUUUAUGGUGUACUUUGCUCUUGUGGUCAUGGUUAAAAAAUGGUCUAUCCCUUGUCCUCUACCUCUAAGUAGUGCCAUAGAGACUUCACAGGUUUCAAAUUCUACUGAGGAUUGUAAAGCAAAGCUCUUUCAUCUUUCAAAAGAGAGUGCUUAUGCAAUACCAACUAUGGCCUUCUCUUUUCUCUGCCAUACCUCAGUCUUACCCAUCUUUUGUGAGCUCCAAAGUCCAUCCAAAAGUAGAAUGCAGAAUGUAACUGUCACAGGAAUUGGUCUGAGUUUCCUAAUUUACUUCGUAUCUGCUCUGUUUGGGUACCUGACAUUUUAUGAUAAAGUGGACUCUGAAUUGCUACAAGGUUACAGCAGGUACCUGCCACACGAUACUGUCAUCAUGACUGUUAAAGUAGCCAUCCUGUUUGCUGUGCUUUUGACAGUCCCUCUGAUCCAUUUCCCAGCAAGGAAGGCUGUAUUGAUGGUGUUUUUCUCUUGUAUUCCUGUGUCAUGGAUUUGCCACAUCCUUGUCACUUUAAUGCUGAAUACAACAGUUGUUUUAUUGGCAAUGUAUGUGCCAGACAUGAAACAUAUAUUUGGAGUAAUUGGUUCAACCACGUCAACUUGUUUGCUUUUUGUAUAUCCUGGACUCUUCUAUCUUAAACUUAACAGAGAGGACUUCCUAUCACCACAGAAACUUGGGGCAUGUGCACUGAUUAUUUUUGGUGUUUGUGUUGGCAUUCUCAGUUUAGUUCUUAUCAUUUUCAACUGGAUUGAUCAGUAGGAGCCUAUUGCUGCUGUCUGAACUGAGCUUCAGAAGGACAGCAAGAACCAGCGACGUGGCAAAACUACUGAAAUGAAUGCUGGACAUCCUGAAGAGAACACUGACCAAAGCUGUUUGUGGAAGAAACAAUGCUCUUUUCCACUGCAUUACUGAUGUUCCACCUUUUAAUUUUGAGUCAUUCUCUUCAGUUACUGGACAAGUGUUCUUUGCCAUUCUAAAGUAUUAGCUUCUAAUGAUGUAACUGGGACAGGUAAAAAGAUGCCUUGAGAAUGUCUGGAGUUCAGAAAUGGAUUAGUGCGCAUGGCGAACAAGAAAUAACUUCUCUUUUAAAGACAGUGAGAUAGUUACUGCAUCAAUCAUGAUAUCUGUGUCAUGAUCUGUGCACUUAUGCUACUGCUCACAUCAUCCUAUCCCAUGAAAGAACUCUGUUGCUUGACUGAUUUUCAAACUUUCAGCCAGUUUGUGUUAAGAACUUGACGAUUCCAAAUGUUUACCCUUACUUAUCCUAACACGGGUCCAGAAACCAACUACCUUAGCCCAGUUUAAUGGGCAUAUUGUGAUAGUAUUUGUUGGUUGGUUUGGGGUUUUUUUUUGUUAAUACAGUGUUUAUAUCUCUAUAAAUUAAAAACUCUUUUAAUUCCUUUC